UUGGAUCAGGGACCAUGUAAAGAGAGAGCAGUAUCACAUCAGUCCAACUAAAAACCAGAAAAACAAUUACUUUUCUUCUUAUUUUAGACAAAAAAUGGAGCAGCAAGAUAUUUUUUACAACAAAGCAGAUUAUAUCCUGACGGCAUCAGGGAAUAAAGUCAGCCGGCAAUCAGUUCUGUGUGGAAGUCAGAAUAUUGUUCUCAAUGGAAAGACUAUUAUCCAAUCAGACUGCAUCAUUCGUGGUGAUCUGGCCAAUGUCAGGAUUGGACGGCAGUGUGUUAUCAGCAAGAGAACUGUCAUAAGACCGCCAUUUAAGAAAUUUAGUAAAGGGGUUGCAUUCUUUCCACUUCAUAUUGGAGACCAUGUGUUGAUAGAAGAAGAUUGUGUUGUGAAUGCUGCCCAAGUGGGCUCAUAUGUUCAUAUUGGAAAGAACUGUGUUAUUGGGAGACGUAGUGUAUUAAAAGAUUGUUGUGCAAUCGCCGACAAUACUGUACUUCCACCGGAGACUGUAGUACCACCUUUUACACUUUACUCAGGAUCACCUGGAAAAUUCAUGGCAGAACUACCUGAAUGUAUGCAAGAAAUCAUGACAGACCUCACCAAGAACUAUUAUCAACAUUUCGUAUCAAAAGAUGAUAAACCUAGUUGAUGUCUUAAUUGGCUUGUUACUUAACAAAUAAUACAGCUUUUUCCAUGCUCUGUUCAGCAAUAAAGCAUGCAGGAAGUGACGUAAACAUGAGAGAAGUGUAUGGAGAAACACCAGCCGUAGGCAAGUACUUUUGACACUUCUUGGGUGCUUGCAGCUCUUCCUAAGUGCUUUAUUUCUGAACGGAGCUUGGAAAAAGCUGUUUUAUUUGUUUUAUUAUAUAGCUACUAAUUUUUUUGGUAUUGAAUUUAUUUACCAAAAAGAAAAACAGUCACAGGAUCUAGCAGCACUUCGUGCGCGCAGAUGGCAUCAGCUCUGUGCUCCAUUCACUAAUAAAGCACAGUUUUUGACCAAUGAGCACGUGCAUACUAUCCUAACUAUAUAAUAAAUACACGUACCAUAGGAAUUAAAAUGUAAUGCAUAAUGCCUGAUUGUGGAUUAAGAAAGCUGAACGAAUAACAUGUUAGUUUAGAUUUCUAUCUGUUGCUAUUAGUAAGUACUACAUGUAAUGCUAAUAUACACUCAAUUGAAGAAUCAUUGUCGGGUUCAGAAACGUAGAAUAUAGAAGCUGAGACCGAAAUGGCACAUGGGAAGUACAUUGCAUGCUGUGACUGGUGACCCGUGGCAUCAUCCACUCUCAAGGCAGGUCUUCUAAACCGACUGCAUGGAUGGCGUAAAUGAAUAAAUUAUAAUAUAAUUAUGUCAUUUCCCAUGUGCCAUUUUGGUCUCAGCUUCUAUGUUCUAUGUUUCUGAACCCGACAAUGAUUCUUCGAUUGAGCGUAUACUACUGUAGUGCGUAUAGAAAGUAUAUAAAUGACAAGCAUAAUGAUGCCCUAUUCGUGGAUUAUGAGAGUUGGAUAAUUAACCUAGUAGUUAGUAUAUGCUAGUACAUACUAGUACCUAAAGGAACUAUAUAACGAACAUAAUGAUGUUAUGAUGAAUUAAUCUGGUUGUUAAUAACUAAUAUGGUAAUUUUCAGGGUUAUAAAUAAAAGCUGCUGAAUGUCAAGACACAAUGACAAUUCACAUUAACUGAUCAAUGCGUGACCAGUUAGUGUGACCUGUCAAGACUAUCUGGCCUAAAGACCAACAAUUAUUUUUAGCCUGAUAGUUUAUUAUUCCUAUUUGAUUAUCUCAGUAGUUAUAUAAAUGUGGUUAAAAGUGUAUUUUUUGAUUCUGAACUGAUUAUUUAAUAGUCAUUUUAAACAUGCCUCAUAGCUAAUAAUUGUUAUAGUAAUUGUAUAUUUAUAGAAAUAUAAUGGGUUAUGCAAGUUUA